AUGAAGUCCCCAGUUCCCUCCCCGUCCUCAAGUGCCCCGAUUGACCCAGGUGGGGCUUCUCCCGUGAGGUUGUCGAAUCGUGAGAAUCGUCUUCUCAAUCGUGACCUAGAGAUGAAGCUUCAGUCCCCCGCGCUCCCUGCGUCGAUUCCUGCCGCUAAGGUGCCUUCGUAUGCGGCGAGGUUCAAGUCCUCCCUGCGGAAUCUUCGCAAAAUCUCAAACCCCUCCUUUCUUCAGGAUGGCACGCCGGUAGUGCAAGCUCCGGAGUCAGUUCUCCUUCAGACAUCAGAACUCUGGAAGGACCACGUGGUGGCCCAUUUCCACGGUCGUCGACCCUCAGCAACGAAGAUUCUCGCAGAUCUGAACCCAGUUUGGGGAAAGUUCGGGAGUAUCACGGUUCGUACGGUGUCCGAUACGUGUGUGUUGAUCUUCAUUCCCUCGAUUCAGACCAGAGAGUGGGUGCUGCAGGUGGGAUAUUGGCAAGCGGAUCGGUGUGCUUUUUCGGUUUAUCCAUGGACUGCUGAUGGGAAUUUAGCGGCUCAGGAACUGCUUUUCGCUCCGACUUGGGCAGUGCUGAAAAAUGUCCCCCCACAGCUGUAUUCCUUAGAUGGUAUCAGUGUAGUGGCCAGCGGUAUAGGAGAUCCACUACAUACUGAGAAGUCUCGUUUGGACCCCUAUCAUUUUGGAGACACGAAGGUGAAGGUAGAAAUUGAUCUGUCCAAACCUCCUCCAGAGGUGGUUGAAGUUAAAGAUACUCAAGGAAACUCGGUCAGAAUUAACAUUGAGUAUCCUAGUCUUCCUCCAAAGUGUAUAAAUUGUGGCAAGUUUGGUCAUUUGAUGAAUCGGUGUCAUAAACCUCCAAUGAAGAGAGCUCGGGCACAGAGAAGUGAGAAAGUGGUCAGUGUGGUGAAAUCGGGAGAUGAAGUCUCUCUGCUGGAUAUUAAUAAGGAAGGUGAAACAGAAGUUCAGAUUGAGACUGAAAUGGAUAAGAAGGCUAAGGUUCGAUCGAGGUCUCGUAGAAGGUCUCGUUCCAGGGCGUUGGCUAGAGAAAGAGCGUUGAGUUCGCCUCCGGAGAUAGGGAAUGUUAAGGAUUUGGUUCUUCCUGUGGUAAAGUACUCAGAGGUGAAGACAGAUGUGCUUAAAAAUCUAGUAGUUAAGGAUUCUCCUGCUUGUGAAGUUUCUGUGGAAGGGUCGGUAUCAGCGGAGAAGCAGGUGGCAGUGGAUGAAGUUCAGUUGGAGGAAGGGGAGAUUUGUGAGGACCCAAGGGGAGCUAAGGAAAAAAGCUUGGAGGCUAAAGAGGUUCCAAGUACUCUUAGCACAGAAGAGGAGGAUUUAUGGUUCACCAAGCACUCAAAGAAAUAUAGAAGGGCGGUGCGUCAGUGGACGACUUGGAAAGCUCAAGGAGCAGUAGGCUCUCCCCCAAAAUCGUCAAAGCUUCUUACUCGAGAAAUUUCCUCGGUUGGAGCUUUGCUUGAGACUCAUGUACAGGAGGAAAUUUUUUUGAAUGUGUUGGGAGCGGUGGCUCCGGGCUGGAGAGUGGAAACGAAUUACUCAGAGGUGGCAGGACGGAGAAUAUGGCUGUUUUGGAGUUCUUCCCUGUUAGUAGUGGUUUAUUUGAAAACGGAGCAGUUAGUCUUAUGUGGAGUGUACGACCCGGCAACAGGUACGAACUCUACAGUGGCCUUCGUCUAUGCUCACAACUCAGAAGGGGAGAGACGGCACCUAUGGAGAGAUCUGGUUACAAUUUCUCGACAUUCUCAAGUUGUUGUGUCCCCUUUGGUGGUUCUGGGAGACUUUAAUCAGAUUCUAUCAGCGGAGGAGCAUUUCUCUCUGUUACCAUAUGAUCUACCAAUCAGAGGUAUGGAGGAGUUUAAGGAUUGUUUGGAAGAGAGCAAUCUGUCAGACAUGGACAUUAGGGGUACUUUCUUCUCGUGGUCCAACAGACGCCCUGAGGAUCCAAUUCUUAGGAAGUUGGACAGGGUCCUGUGUUCUGAAAAGUGGAGAGACACUUAUCCAGAGGCAGAAUUUGUGGCGCGUAGGAAGUGGCAGUUUUUUGAGACAGCUCAGGAGGUUUUCUUUAGCAGAAAGGCAAGAAUCAGGUGGUUGGACUGUGGGGAUGCAAACACAACCUUCUUCUACAAGGCAGUAGUGGAACAUCAGAUAAGGAAUUGCAUCAGUUAUUUGAUGGAUGCGGGGGGUAAUCGGAUCUUUAAUCGGUCUCAAAUUAAGGAGAUGGUGGUGGCCUAUUUCCAGAACCUAUUGGGAGUAGAGGAUGAGUGGAUUGAUGAGAUAUCAGUGGAUGAUUUGAGAAUUUUGCUGUCGUUUAGGUGUCCUCAAGAGGUAGCAGAUAACCUUAAAAGGAUUCCUACAAAGGAAGAGAUCAAGACUACGCUGUUUGCUAUGCCAAAGAACAAAGCGCCAGGCCCGGACGGUUAUUCAGCAGAAUUUUUUUGGGAAGCGUGGGAAAUUGUGGGGCAGAAUACAGUCGAUGCAGUUAAGGAAUUUUUCAAAGCGGGACGUUUGCUAAGACAGUUUAACACCACGGCGAUCUCCCUCAUUCUAAAGGUUGUUGGAGCAGACCAGUUAACCCAGUUCAAACCGAUAUCAUUAUGCUCCACGGUAUAUAAAGUCAUGGCAAGACUUUUGAAGAAGAAGCUGAAACUGUGUGUCUCUGAUAUUGUUCAGAGGAACCAGGUGGGGUUUGUUCAGGAUCGUUUGCUCUGCGAGAAUGUGCUAUUAGCCACUGAACUGGUGAAGGAGUUCAAUAUGGAGGGACCAACGACGAGAGGCUGCCUUAAGAUAGACAUAUCUAAGGCUUACGAUAAUCUGAGUUGGGCGUUCCUAUUCAAGGUCUUGCAGGCUUUGGAACUACCUGAUAAAUUCAUAGAGUGGAUCAAGGAGUGUGUGUCCACGCCUUCGUACAGUAUAGUGCUGAAUGGAGAGUUGCAGGGUUUUUUCCCCGGAAAGAAAGGGCUUCGACAAGGAGAUCCCAUCUCAUCACUACUUUUUGUGAUAGCUAUGGAUGUCUUAUCAAAGAUGCUGGAUAGAGGGGCUAUAGAGGGUAGGUUCGGGAUUCACCCAGAGUGUGAGGCGCCUCUGAUUACUCACCUAAGUUUUGCAGAUGAUGUCCUGAUCUUCUUUGAUGGCUCUGCGGAAUCACUGAGAGGGAUUCUGGAUAUUCUAGAGGAGUUUAGAUUGAUUUCAGGAUUGAGGAUUAACAGGCAAAAAUCAGAAUUAUUGCUUGAUGGUGGAAGCUCUAGUAGGUGUCGUGAAAUGGCAACAGAGAUGGGAAUUGCUCAAGGAGCUCUCCCAAUACGCUACUUGGGAGUUCCUUUAUCACCUAAGAAGAUGACAAGGUCAGAUUUUCAGCCUUUGUUAGAUAAAAUCGAGGCCAGAUUCAGAUCUUGGACAGUCAAGCACUUGUCCUUCGCUGGUAGGUUUCAGCUUAUUCAAGCAGUGAUAUACUCCACAAUAUCGUUCUGGGCAUCUAUCUUCAUUAUACCGCCUGAGUGUGUGAGCAUACUCGAGCGUAUGUGUAAUGUGUUUCUCUGGAACGGUGCUCCUAAUUCAGCAAGGGGUGCAAAGAUAGCAUGGGAGUCGGUGUCUGGUUUAAGUAUUGAUGCAGUUGUUGCUGACGCUCUAACCGGUGGUGGAUGGUGGCUGGACCGCAGUAGAAGCAGAAGUCCGAUACUCACUCAAAUAAGGGAGUGCUUACCUAACGCUCAGGAGAUUUUAGACUCUGAGGUAGAUGAUCAGUUUGGCUGGUACCGGUCUGUUUGGUUCGCAGGAAGAAUCCCGAAGCACGCUUUUAUCACUUGGGUUGCUGCUAGAGAUAGAAUGGUUACGAGAGACAAGUUAAUUCGCUGGGGACUAACGGUGCCUGCAACUUGUGUUCUCUGCUCUGGCCAUAACGAGUCUCGCCAGCAUCUGUUCUUCGAUUGCGUGUAUAGCAAUCAAGUGUGGUCUUUCUUCAUCUCUAGGUUGAAUUUGGUUUCUCCGCAGAGCUUUGAUGAAGUGUUGAGGUGGCUGAAAAGUCCUUCGAGGGAUAAGAACGUGAUCCUGAUUACUCGGCUAGUCCAUCAAGCGGUCCUGUAUUUAGUGUGGAAGGAAAGAAGCAACAGAGUUCAUUCAGCUAUAGAGAAGCAACCGAGUUCGCUUAUUGCUGAGAUCAAACAAGUAAUCAGACUUAGACUGGAUCCAUUGGCCCGACGACAGGUGGUUCCCGCGGGUCAGGACUCAGUGCUAGCUACCUGGUUCUCAUUCUUUGCGAGGUAA